AUGGCGUCUACAGCAUCGACUACUGUCGUCCUCCCGGCAAAAAUACCUCUUCAGCUGCGCGAUGCAGCAGAGCCCGAGGAAUUGGAAGAACAUCUCGGCCAAGCCGAACGUAAUUAUGCUGCGCGAAACCCGGCCUCCAAAGCCGCGCACGAAGAGGCAUUGACAGUAAUGCCAGGCGGAAAUACCAGAUCAGUGCUUUACUCGAGACCGUUCCCGAUUUGCAUGAACAGAGGCGUCGGGAAUCAACUAUUCGAUCUGGAUGGGCACCAGUAUCUGGAUAUGCUGGGAGAAAUGACGGCCGGUGUCUAUGGACAUUCUCAUGAAAUCAUCCGGCAUGCCCUCAUUUCCACCUUUGACAAUGUGGGAGUCAACAUCGGAGCGCAUACCCGCGGCGAAGUGAAACUGGCUUCGCUUCUUUGCGAGCGGUUUCCGUGCAUCGAGCAACUUCGGUUCUGCAAUUCGGGCACCGAAGCGAAUCUGUACGCUCUCGCGAUUGCGCGCCGGGUCACUGGGAAGCGCAAAGUUAUCGCGUUUCGUGGUGGUUAUCAUGGCGGAGUCAUCGGAUUCGCUCACGGUGUUGGCGAGAACAACGUCGAUCCACAGGAUUGGGUUCUAGGGACCUACAACGACGAGGAAGCCCUCAGGGAUCUGUUUGAAGCGAACUGCGAUGAUGUAGCAGCGGUUAUUGUGGAGGGUAUGCAGGGCUCUGGUGGAUGUUUACCGGCAAGUUUGAGUUUCCUUCAGAAGAUUCAAUCAUAUGCCUCUACGCACGGCAUAGUAUUCAUUCUAGAUGAGGUGAUGACAUCGCGCCUUCAUCCAUCCGGCCUGCAGGGAAAAUACGGGCUUCGCCCGGAUUUAACGACCUUGGGGAAGACCAUUGGAGGAGGUCUUUCAAUUGGAGCCUUUGGCGGUCGGAAGGAUUUUCUUGAAACUUGCGAUCCUCGUCAAAGCACUGCUCUGCCUCAUUCGGGCACCUUCAACAACAACACUUUAGCCAUGGAAGCUGGUUAUGCCGGGUUGUCCAAAAUCUAUACACCGGAGGCGACUAUCGCACUCAAUGGGCUGGGCGACUCCUUACGCAUGAAAUUGCAGGCUGUUACUAAAGCCACGAAGAUUGUGGUUACGGGGAUUGGUGCUGUUUUAUCGUUCCAUUUCAUGGACAACGGUGUCGUUCCUUCGUGCGAGCGGGAUAUUGAACAGCAUGCAAUCCCGAUGUUGAGAAGGUUGCUUUGGUUCUGGUGCAUUGAACGAGGCUAUUGGAUUGCAGAGAGAGGCAUGCUGAGUCUUGUUAUGGGGACGAGGAUGAGCGAUGUUGAUUCAUUCGUCGUGGUUGUGGAACAUUUCAUAGCCACUCAUAAAAGCUUGCUGCAGCUUGAAUAG